AUGACAGGCAUGAAAGCUGAGAAGAAAACCGUGCAGUUCAGUGAUGAAAUUCAAGUGGAGACAAUAGAGCCUGAGCCUGAGCCAGUUUAUAUUGAUGAAGAUAAAAUGGACCAACUCUUGCAGAUGUUACAAAGUGCAGAUCCAUCUGAUGACCAGCCAGAUAUCCCAGAACUUCUUCAUCUUGAGGCAAUGUGCCACCAGAUGGGACCUCUCAUAGAUGAGAAGUUGGAAGAUAUAGACAGGAAACAUUCAGAACUUUCAGAGCUCAAUGUUAAAGCAAUGGAGGCUCUUUCUUUGUACAACAAAUUGAUGACUGAAGACCCAAUGUGCUCCAUGUAUGCAAAGCUACAGAACCAACAGUACUACCUGCAGCCGCCUGGGGUUUCUGGCUCUCAGGUUUAUGCAGGACAACCUCCAAGCAGUGCCUGCUUGGUGGCAGGGAGUGCACAGCUGGGCCACGUUCCAGGCUACAACCUUCCUUCUGAACGGCUCUCUUCUCACAGCCAAGGCACAGGGACUCCAUCUGCCAGCUCAGUGCUGCCUGCUCAGCCUGCACAGACCUCUUACACAAAGUACUGGAAGGCUUCUCUAAGGUCUCCCUGGAGCUUUUUCUUCUCCAGGCUGAAGAGCCCAAAUCUUCUCAGCCUGUCCCCAUAGCAGAGGUGCUUCAUCCCCCUGAUCAUCUCUGUCAUCUCCUCCGUACCUGCUUUAACAGUUCCAUGGUCUCCUUGUGUUGGGGACUCCAGAG